ACUGCGACGGAUGGAUGGACCAUAAGAGCAAAGGCUUAUAAAAUGUAGAGUGAGUGCCUGAGCGGUGCAGACCGAGUGAAAACAAAAGGAAAAAGGGGAUUUCUGAGCGCCGGCGGACACCUCUAAAUGGUUGGAUUGUUGGAUUAGGAGCUGCGGCAGGGAUGAGGAUCCGGCUGCAGUGUCCCGGCCACGCUGCCAGCCUUCUCUCCGAGCUUAACCGUUGCCGCCAAUCACGUCAGUACUGCGAUGUGUUCCUGCAAGUUGGCAACCGGACAUUCGCGGCCCACCGUGCGGUGCUGGCCUGCGCCGGGACGUACUUUCGCAACUUGUUCACCAGAACUCCCAGCGCGUCCAGUGCCGCCUUCUCUUUGGAGUUUAUCUCCCCAGCUAACUUUGAGAAAGUGCUGACGUUCGUCUACACCGGGGAGAUAGUGACUGAUCUCAUAGAUGUCGGGGUCCUGUACGAGCUGGCCGAGCGGCUUGGGGUCAGUGAACUGGUGAAGGCUUGUCACGCUACCUUCCCUGACCUGCAGGCUUCUGUGUCUGCAAACUGCAAAGCCAGCAGUCCCAGUGACGUCACCCUGGACUCCAGCAUGGUGGCUGCUCCACCCACAGUGGUUGCAGUUAGUGCAGCUUCUGUGCCAUCUGUGUGCUCCUCCGCCGCCUCCUGCUCUUCUCUGUCUUCAUCGGCGGGCCCGUCUGCUGCCCCGACUCCUGCUGCUGCUCCCUCCCCUCUUUUCCAAAUCAGGACGGGCAGGUCAGGCCGCGAAGCUCAGGCCGGACCUCUGUCUCUGGACCUAAAGGCAGAAGAUGUCCAGUCUCAUAUUGGCUACGGGCAGAUGGGAGCAGAUCAUCAGUUACCAGGAGGACCGCCUUUAACCAGCAGCAGCAGCCUUUCCCUUCAGGCUGACGGCUUGCAGCCUGUGGGGCCUGUGCUCCAGCUGAAGACCGAGCACGGGCUGAAUGAUGGGGAGGCGGGAGGCUGCUGUGAGGACGGUGACAGAGAUGGUCAAAUGGUUUCUGAGAGCGCGGGCGACUCUUUGUCUCGCAGCAGCAACCCUGUUACGUCUGAGUCUUGCUCCCUCCCUGACUCUUCAGCUCAGCUCGGUGCUGAAGCCUGCGCCCCGACAUCAUCCUCAGGAGAGUCUCCAGGCAGCCUUCAGGUGGCAGCGGUGGAAGGCGGCGUGGUCGACGUGCAGCGGGACAGCAGGCUGAUGUUUGGGGAAGUGGAGGAAGGAGACACUGAGGAGGAGAGGGAGGCCCUGCAAGGUAAUGGAGCAGUGGAGGGAACAGAGGAAGAGCAGUGGAGACAGUUGGCAGGAGAGAUCAUCGAGCUGAGCGACGAUGAGAACUUCAUGGAGGAGGGAGAGGAGGAGGACGAGGAUGAAGAUGACCUUGUAUGUGUGGAGAAUGGAGAUGGAGGGAAUACGAGUAGCCAGGUGACAGGAAGCACGGUGACAUGUAAAGCUUGCACAGUGGCACUCCCAGCAGAUCCAGCUGCCAUCAGAAGACACGGUGAGACACACCUGACGGAGCUGGGGCUCUGCAGGGUAUGCGGAGCCUCUUUUCCAGACCGUGCUGCAGGCAUCGCCCAUUCCUUCACCCAUAUGGGAGUGCAGCUCUUCACCUGUGACAUGUGCCACCUGCAGUUCUGCAGCCAAAAGAAACUGUUGCGGCACCACCGCCAGACAGCAUCCAGUUACACCAUCCCACAGGGGGCGCUGACCAACAGCAGCUACAGCCUAGAGCUGCAGUGUGCUGUAUGCACCAAAUCCCUCAGCAAGGACUUCCAGACUGUCAAAGACCACCUGCUGAGCCAUGUGUGCCCCCAGAGCCUGAGCUGUGGCGUGUGCCACCUCCCCCAGCUGUCCCUGUGCUCCCUGCUGUGGCACGCCCUUGCCCACCUCUCCCUGCCCGUCUUCACCUGCCCACACUGUGCCCGCUGCUUUGUAGAGCGCGCCCUGCUGGACAGACACAUGGCUGUGCACGCUGAGGAGGCGGCAGCUAAGGAGAGGGAGCAGUCGGCGCUGAGGGCUUACGGAGUCAGAGCAGAUGGAGGUGGCGGUGGAGGAGGAGCGGAGGAGCUGCAUUGCUUCCUGUGCCCACAGACGUUUCGCUCGUCCUCGGCGUUUCAGUACCACCUCAGUUUGCACACCAGCGACUCCACGGGGAGCGGAGGAACCGCUGGUGGCCAGGGGUGGUUAGGGAAACGUAAAGCGGAUCAGUCUCUGGAGUGCCCGCCGUCUUCCUGCUCCUCCUCCUCGUCACGGGACGUCAGCGGGCUCGUUAAAAUGAGCAACUUCGGUUUGGGUUUGGGAAUGGGCAUCAGCGUGUCGGACAAGUUUUUUCAAGGGCCGAUGCACGGCGUAUCCUCUGGAGUCCUGACGAACGGAAGCUCCGGUCAGGACAGCGGUGUUGGACCUGCAGGGGUGCGUGGGAAGUGGUACCGGUGUCGCUACUGCGGGAAACGUUUCGCUCACUCGGGGGAGUUCACCUACCACCUCCGUAUCCACACCGGGGAGAAACCCUACCAGUGUAAAGUGUGUCUGCGCUUCUUCAGGGGGCGCUCCACCAUGAUCUGCCACCUGAAGACGCACGCCGGAGCCCUGAUGUACCGCUGCACCGUCUGCGGCCUUUACUUCUCCACGCUAAAGCUGGUGUCGUCACACAUGGAGCUCCACAAGGACCACUUACCGCCAGACUUCAACAUCGAGCAGACCUUCAUGUACAAUGAUCACUCUAAAGAACCGCUGCCCACUGUGGACACCUGAUCAGCUCCUCGUUUCCUCUCUGACGCCUCCUCUGUGUCUGGUUGUCGUGGACCACAAGCUGCUGAUAGUAGACUAGAGCUGUAGCUAACCGAUGCACCAACAUAUCGGCCUAUCAACAGAUAGGACAUUUACUGAUGACUCAUGCACAUCUGUCAUGUUGCAUCGAUUUAAUGCCAGCUAACUGUUUAAAAAAAGUCAGAAGCACUAGAAGUUUCCAUUCUUGUUUUUAUUAGGAGGAUUUUUUUCAUUUCCUGGCACAAGAUGGGGGGGGAUAAAUAACAAAACAUCACCACGGUAUCCAGCUUUGGCUGAAAUAUUAUUAUAAACACUGGUAUUAGCCCAGUGCAGUGAUUUUUCUAAUGUUUUUAGUUAAUUACAUAGUCUCUAAAUUAUUGUAAAAGAUCUCAGUAUUGCUUAUUUUGUCCAGCUGACUUUCUCAAACGCACAAAUGGAACCAGAACAAAAUAACAACAAAAUCUAAAAACUCUAAAACUAGCCAUUACUAUGGAUUAAAGAUGGAUGAUUCUCCCACUAAAGACCAUUUGCACUGGUCAGAUUCUUGACUGAGUCUGUUUUUAAAAAAAAAAAAAAAAAAAA